GUCAGCACUUCAGCCUCCGUCAGCUGGGGAUCUGUGAGCCUCCGUCACGUCGAGGCCUGGCCUUCUGCUCUGAGAUGGGCCUGCCCCACCGCGGCUUCUCAGUUGGUACGACCCAGGACCUGGACUCCGACAGUCAGGCCGUGAUGUCCCCGGAGCGCGCCAUGCGGCUGUGGGGCCGCGGCGGCUUGGGUAAAUCGUCCGGGAGGAGUUCGUGCCUGUCCAGCCGCUCCAACUCGGUGCUGACGCUCACCGACACCGAGCACGAGAACAAGUCGGACAGCGACAAUGGUUCUCCCAUGCCCUCCCCCUCCUGUCCAUCAUCUGUCAUUGACCAAUCACAUCCUCAGUCAGUGAGUCCCCGUGACAACCUGUUGUUAGGCAACACGGUCGAGCAAGACUCAGAAGAGGAGGAGGAGGAGCAAGUGGAGGAGCGAGAGGAGGAGGAGGAGGAGGAGCGAGAGGAAGAGGAGGAGGAGUUUGCUGCCCGCUUGUACUCACCUGUAACACAUGGUAAAAAUCACGUUAUUUGCUUCACGAGGAACUUCUUCUUUAUGACCUUUAGUUUAGUUUUCCCUUUUUAUCAAAUAUUGCACAAACUGAAAAUGGCUUUCACGUAAAAAGACAAAGAACUUUGGGACAGAAGAUCGAGAAGGAGGUCGUUUACAUCGAACUCAGCCCGUAGUCCGGCUAAGACAGACAA